UCAUUUCCUGUGUAUUGUUUUUCUAACACCUGCAGUUGCAGUGGAUGCACAAUUCACCAUCUCUGCAACUCUCUCUCCAUGUCCAUGUCCAUGUCCAUGUUCAUGGCACUAUCAAGCCUUUGGAUCAAUUUUCAUGAAGGAUUUCUUUCUGAUCUGUUUGAAGGCACAGAUAUUAAUCACAGAGGUUUCUUUGGCACUGGUCAAAAUUUUGGAGCAUUUUUAGUUUCAGCAGAUGAUCAUGCCUCUUUGGAGGCUUGUGAGAUUGGAUGUCAAGGGUAGAGUUAGUGAUCUUUUGAUUUUUUUCUUCUGAUUUCAAAGCCCUUCUUAAUUGUUAAUUGUUGAGAGGAUUUUGCCUGUUGUUGUUUGAUAUCAUUUUGAAGGGCAUGUCUGUUUAAUUAGGGUUUCUGACGUGUUCCCCGCAUGAAAAAGUACUUGAUUUUUUAGGAUUCUGGUUAGUUUUAAGCAGUAAACAUCUUUGCCUUUCCCUAAGUAGAGUUAUGCCGCAAGGUUCUUGCUUUAUGACCAUGGAUUUGUGUGAUUGUCCCUAUGAACUAGUGAAUCAAAAUGAUCUGCACCCUUUGCCAUUGCUUUGAAAUCAAGUGUAUAUCUGUGUUCUGUUAUCUCUGUUGGUAUUCUCUUCAAGAUGACUGUGAACAAUCGCUGCUUCGUGGAAUGGAAAGAGCAGUUCGUUUCGCAGGAGCGCGGUAAUCGCGUGGUUCACUAUUACCUGAAGGAUUCUGCUGGGGAAUCCGUCCUUGCAGUUGUGGGCACUGAGAGGAGUGUUAGACACAUGUGCUAUGUUGUUGCUGAGGAGUUCCUCGAGAUUUGUGGGAAGGAGGGUUCCAUUCCAACUGGUUUCAAAUGGAGAUCUAGAAGAGAGGUUGUGGAUUGGCUGACAUCUACUCUAUCAAAGCAACAUCUGCAGGGCGAUAGAAGUGUAUCACCUGGUCAUAAUUUGUUACAAGCUCAUGAGCCCACAAAUGGGAGCGUCAAUGAAAUUACUGGUCUGUCUGCACAAAUAACAGAUGACAAGGACUGUUCAAUGAGUAACUCUAAAUUAUCCAAUUCAGACAUAGUUUGGUCAGGAGUUGCGUGGACAUGUGGCAAACAAUUAAAGCAUUAUCCUUCCUUUUGCAGGAAUGGGAUCAAAAUAGUGAUUCAAUCCUUUGUUUUUGUAAUGGGGAAGGGAGAGAAUCAUUAUAUUGCUUAUGUAGAGGAUAUGUAUGAAGACAGGAGGGGGCAGAAAAAGGUUAAAGUAAGAUGGUUUCACCAUAAUCAGGAAGUUAAGGGUGUAAUUCCUGUACGAAAUCCUCACCCAAGGGAAGUUUUUAUCACACCUUAUUCUCAAGUCAUUAGUGCAGAGUGUGUUGAUGGUCCUGCUGCAGUCUUAACUCGUGAACACUACGAAAAAUGCAUGCCUUUUUUUUCCCCCACUUCAACGGACAGAAUACAUCUCUGUUUUAGGCAAUUUAGAAGCAACAAAGUGAAGCCCUUUGACUUGAGUAAACUGCGUGGCUACUACACUCAACCAGUGCUUGGUUGCUUGCACCUUGAUUCGGUCCAGAAUCCUGAGUCUAAGAGCAAUAGCCUUCCAGGAGAAGAUGAAGAGUUGAGUGCAGGUGAUGAUGUAAAGCUAGGAGCUAAGAGGAGCAGAAAUGAUAAGGGAUCUUCUCAGUCUUGGAUAGGUCGCCAGGGAGUAAGGAAGUUAAUUGGAAGUAAGGAAAUGAUGGUAUACAAAACUUUCCAGGUUGCAAAUUAUGCAAGCUCGGAAAGGAGAUUGCUUUCUCUGAAGCAGGUUGAAUGUCAGCCUUGGUAUAACCAUGCAUAUAAGGUUGAUAACAAGAUAGAGUUGCUUUGUCAAGAUAGUGGCAUCAGAGGUUGCUGGUUCAGGUGUACAGUUGUUCAGGUAGCCCGGAAACAGUUGAAAGUCCAAUAUGAUGAUGUUCAGGAUGAAGAUGGAAGUGGAAAUCUUGAGGAAUGGAUCCCUGCUUUCAAGUUGGCCAUGCCUGAUAAACUUGGGAUGAGGCAUGCUGGCCGACCCACAAUCAGGCCAGCUCCAACUUACAAGGAACAAGAACUGGCCAUUGAGGUUGGAAAUGCAGUUGAUGCAUGGUGGAGCGAUGGCUGGUGGGAGGGGGUUGUAACUAGAAUUGACAACUUUGGUGAUGAUAGUGUUCAAGUCUACUUUCCUGGUGAAUGCUUGCUGAUGAAAGUGUUCAGGAAGGAUUUGAGAAUAUCUAGAGAUUGGUUAGGGGACAGAUGGAUUAAUAUUAAGGCAAAGCCUGAAAUAACUACAAGUCUAUUCACAGCUAAUGGCUUUAACACAAAGCUUUCCACGUUGCCAUCUUUAGUUAAAGAUGUGGACUCUGUUGGUUUUGCUAAUUCGUGUCAUGGUGAUCCUGUUAGUAAGAAGUCUAAUGAACCUUCUAUCGUCGAAGCAAAAUUUGUUUCUCGUGAUGGCUUAACUGAAGAUGGUGAUUGUGCCCAGGAUGGUAAAACCCCUUCAGAAAAGAGUAUCCAAGCUGAUGAUAAUAUUGAAAUACUUGGCAGUUGUGAUAAUGAAGAAACCGGUGAGGAUAAUGAUAAGGGUAGCAAUGAUGAUGAUGACAAGAAUGAGGAUAGUAUGGAUACGGAGGAAUGUGGGAACUCCAGACCAGACUGUAAAACUGUAGAACCCAUGGAAGUGGCUGUAUAAAAAUUCUUUUAGAACUCAUGCAUAAACAUAUGAUGGUGCUGAUUGUGGAGCUUUGUCAUCAUCUCAUGUUUUAUUGUAAUCUGUGUCCAAUGUUGUUAGUCUUAGAAUGUAAAUAGUAGUUACACGGGGUGGGAAGCUUUUAGCUUUAGUUGCCUUCCUAGUUGUACAGUGUCGAGUGUAAUGUGCAAGUGUGUGUUAUCCUCCUUUCCAUUGAUUUGUAUUAAGAAGUAGAUUUCUUUUGUACGAGACAAAUAUUGUUGAGUAAUUUCACUUGUUAUCUGACAAGUUUCAUUGAUUUGGAGUCAACAUGUUUUAAGAUCUUUGAAGCUGAAUCCAUUUCAUUUUAAUUCAGGGU